AUGGAAUUAUAAUAUAGUAUAUUGCUAUUGCUAAAGAGCUAUCUAUGCCAUUUUCUCCUAAAGGGACAUUGCUCUUCAAGUUUAGUUUUAAUUAAAUUCUUAAAAAUAAAGCUCUUUAUAUAUAAAUUUUGUGAUCUUUUAGCAGGUAAUAAAGACAAAGUGGUUCCUACAUUGAUAUUAUAAAAAUCAUUAGAGUAUAAGAAUUUCUCUAAAAAUAGAAGAUACAUAUAAUAAAUCAUCUCUAAACGAAGUAAAGAAACUAUUGCUUAUGUUGUUGAUAUUAUAGAUGAAUCAUUAUCAAAAAAUAUUUAAUAUUUAGAAAUUAAGGAUUAUUAAAAACAAGCAUUCAAAAGACUUCUUAUUAAUACGGUUUAAAAUGCGAUAAUAAUGGUAGAAAAUUUUUUUUUCAAUCUGUGUCCCUUUUUCUGCAAAUAUAAUUCCUAAAAUGUAAAAGUCUGUAUUAGUAUUUCUUUAGGAAACACAUUAUUUUGAAAAGCAGGAUCAUUAAUAAAAUUUGAAAGUUGAAAGAAAUUCAUAAAUAAUUCAAUAUAUAAAAAUAGAUUAUUUUUCACAUAUUUAAUCUAUAUAAACAACUAUGAAUAAAAUUAAAUAAAAAAAAUAAUUAUAUAAAAAUAUGGUCUGA